AUGCGAUCUUCCAAUGCCGUGAGGAAUCUCGCCAUCUUUCUUCCUCUUGUUUAUGCACUCUCUCCGCGCACGCAGAUCACCGAUGCGUAUGACUUUGUAAUUGUGGGGGGAGGACAGGCCGGUCUUGUCUUGGGUGCUCGAUUGUCCGAAGAUGCCAAUCAUACCGUUCUCGUCCUGGAAGCCGGUGGUGAUGGGGACGAGUAUCGAACUCGCAUAGAUACACCUGCUUAUUCGUAUUUUGACUCACUAUGGACAACACCUCUGAAUUGGGGAUUUCACACAACCCCACAACCCCAUGCGAACGACCGGGAGAUAUACUGGCCCCGUGGAAAAGUGUUGGGAGGCAGCUCGGCCAUCAAUGGAUUAUAUCUGACACGGCCGGGGAAGGUCGAAAUCGAUGCCUGGAAGGACAUGCUCGACGGGAUGGAUGGCGCUGAGAAUUGGGGCUGGGAAUCAUUCUACGCCGCCAUGCGACAGAGCGAAACUUUUACUCCGCCGUCCGAGGAGAUUGCUCAAGAGGCCCAGAUUACCUGGAAUACGAGCGAUCACGGCACAGAUGGACCGAUUCACGCCUCGUAUCCUGGCUUGUACGUGAACGGCCACCUUUGCUCAGGGGGAGAGUGGGAGAAGUCCUUGAUGAAUAUGGGAAUCGCCCGCUCCUCCAACAUGUACGGUGGCGAGCCCUGGGGGGCCGAAGUCUCGACCUCGUGCAUCAAUCCGACCAACUGGACACGCUCCUAUAGUCGCACGGGAUAUCUGGAUCCUCUCCCCGACAGACGCAACUACGACGUACUGGCCAAUGCCCAUGUGACUCGCCUGUUGUUUCGAAACUCGUCCACGUCGGAAGAUCUCACUGCAUACGCGGUCGAGUUCACAUCGGACGGUGGGAAAACAAAGCGAUCGAUCAAGGUCAACAAGGAGGUGGUUCUCGCUGCCGGCACGGUUGGUACCCCGGCGGUUUUGCUGCACAGUGGCGUUGGUCCCAAGGACGUUCUCUCCGAUGCGGGAGUUGACUUGGUCUCUGAGCUUCGGGUGUUGGUCAACAUCUUCAGGAUCAUAUUUGCCACUGUGACUUGGAAGACUAACGUGGAAAGGGCCGGGUCCAUCUUUUAUGAUAAUGGGAGUGAACGGAACAAUCCGCUGUUCCUCACCUACAUUGAUUCCGCCGUCGCCUAUGUGAAUGCUACCGGUAUGUAUGGCACCGAUGUGCAUCACCUUCAGAAACAGAUUCUCGGUCAAAUCGGUCACUAUACGCCCAACACCACCUACGACGACGGAGUCAUUGAUGGAUACACGGCCAUCUGCAACACCACCGCAUCGACCAUCUUGGAUUCCCCCAUCGGACAGAUCGAGCUCUUGUUCAUGAACAGCGAUGGAAACGGGGACGUGGGCAUCACCGCGGCUGUCCAACAUCCGUAUAGCCACGGGCGAAUUUAUAUCAAUUCUUCAAAUCCCAUGGAUUACCCGGUCAUUGACCCCAAUUACUUGUUUAAUCCAGCCGAUCACGUCCUUCUCCGCGACGGCCUCAAACUCGCCCGCCAACUCGGUCGAACCUCCCCCCUUUCCAACUCCCUCACCCAAGAAACCUCCCCGGGCCCCUCCGUCCAAACCGACGACGAAUGGCUCGACUGGAUUCUCCGCUCCGCCGGCACCGAGUUCCACCCUUCCUCCUCCUGCGCCAUGUUGCCCCGUGCCCAGGGCGGCGUGGUCGACACUCAUCUGCGCGUCUACGGUCUGGCCAAUGUCCGUGUGGCGGAUGCGAGUGUGCCUCCGCUUGCGCUGUCCACGCAUCUGAUGUCGUCGACGUAUGGGGUGGCGGAGCAGGCGAGUCGUAUCAUCCGAGAGUAUUAUGCUGGAUUGCGAGAGGGGGAAGGGUCUGCAGCGAUGAAUAUGACUAGGACGGCGACGGCGGUUGGUUCUGCGGCUACGGAGACGACGGCUACUCAGGGGGUGAUGGCGAGUGGGAUCGCUGCUUCGAGUAGGAAUGCGAAUGUUGGAUCUCGGGGGAUGGUGUCGGUGGGAUGUUGA